GCGCCCCAGCCCCGGGGAAUGCAGUGGCCCCCGGCCCCUGGCUCCUCUCCGUGUCUGGGCUGGACCUCCUCGCUCGCCUGCUCCGCGGCCACGACGCUCCUGAGCCGCGCCGGCCGGGGCCCCCUCAUGGCGGCCAAGUGGUUCAAGGAGUUUCCCCUGAACCUGAAGACCGUGUCGGAGCGGGCCAAGCCCGGCGGCGGCGGCGGCGGCGGCGGCAAACUGCGCAAGAACUCCGAGGCGGGUGGCGCCGGGCCGACCCCGGGCAAGGGCCGUAAGAACUCGGCAGCCGAGCUGGGGGGCGGCAGGGCGGGCGGCCCCCCCAAGGACAGCCGGCUGUCUCGGGACAGCCUGCAGGGGCUGAUGCAGGCCGCCGCGGGCAAGGGUCGCAAGAACUCCCGGGCCACAGAGGAGGAGCCCCACCGGGGCGCGGCCAAGAGCUCAGGCUGCAGCACCUACAUCAACAGGCUGAUUAAGGUGGAUACCCAGGAGAAGAAUGGGAAGAGCAGCUACCCCGGCGGCGGCAGCAGCAGCAGCAGCAGCAGCAGAUCUUCCUCGGCGUCCUCUUCCCCGUCUUCUUCUCUGGGCCCUGAACUGGACAAGGGCAGGAUUAUUAAACAGCAAGAAACGGUCAUCAUUUUAGAAGACUACGCUGACCCCUAUGAUGCCAAACGGACGAAAGGUCAGAGGGAUGCAGAGAGAGCAGGAGAGAAUGAUGGGUACAUGGAACCCUACGAUGCCCAGCAGAUGAUAACAGAAAUUAGAAGACGGGGUUCCAAAGAUCCUCUGGUCAAGGCGCUUCAGCUGCUGGACAGCCCCUGCGAGCCGGGGGAGAACGGCCUGAAAUCCGAGACGCUGGCCCGAAGACAGAGCUCCAAGGACCUCCUGGGGAAGCCGCCUCAGCUGUACGACACUCCUGAAGGAGGCCCGCGGGCGGAGGCGCGGCCCGGGGACGGCCGGCUGCCUGAGAACGACGAGAGGCCGGCGGCCGAGUACGAGCAGCCGUGGGAGUGGAAGAAGGAGCAGAUUGUGCGCGCGCUGUCAGUCCAGUUUGAAGGAUCUGAGCGACCUUCCGCCAGGGAGGAGCCUGUGAGGCAGCACCACCGACAGAAGAGCUGGACCCAGAAGAUCUUGAAGCCAACCCUCUCCGACCACAGUGAGGGCGAGCGAGUGGACCCAGCCCUGCCCCUGGAGAAGCAGCCUUGGUAUCAUGGUGCCAUCACCCGUGCAGAGGCUGAGAGUCGACUACAGCCCUGCAAAGAAGCUGGUUACCUGGUUCGGAAUAGCGAGUCAGGGAACAGCAGGUACUCCAUUGCACUAAAGACUAGUCAGGGAUGCGUCCACAUCAUAGUGGCUCAGACCAAAGACAACAAAUACACGCUGAAUCAGACGAGCGCCGUGUUUGACAGCAUCCCCGAAGUGGUACACUAUUACUCCAAUGAGAAGUUGCCUUUCAAAGGGGCAGAACACAUGACCUUACUCCACCCUGUACUCAACAAGCUACACUAAGGGUCAGCCCCCAGCAGCUGGGCCUC